AUGAAUGAAUCCAAAAGGCUGACACUAGAGGAGAGACUCAAUUUAGCUGCACAGAAAAGAAGGAAACCCAAGAAAAUAGUACCAGGCGGAAAUGCGGAAGAUUCAGGACUACAUACCAAUCCCAGCAGCAAAGAGUCCCUAGUUGAAGAUCACGAAAUUGAGCUGAAUACAUGGAUCCCCGAAGAUAUCAGCUCAAUAAGUCGAGAUGACCUCAUAAAAGCAUUGGAACCUCAUUUUAUAGAGUAUAAGACUAAACAGAAAAAUGCGAGUACAACGACAACUGGUGACUCUAGUGUCUUCAAACUGAUUAAAGGGAAAGAUGAAGAGAUUGCACAGCUUACAAAGAAAUUAGAAGAUAGGCGUAAGCAGGAUACUGCGAAUGAAAAAUUGCUAUCAAAGCUCACAGCAGAUAAUGAGAAACUAAAUAAAAACAAUGACAACUUGUCUAAGAAACUGAAUGAGAGUAACCAAGAAAUAAGUAACCUUCAACAAAAAUACAGCCUAUCAGAAAAAAUGCUUGAGGAAAGUACUAAAAAUUCGCACGAUGUACAAGUUUUGGAGUCAAGCAAUAAACAAUUGAGACAAUCAAUAAUUGAUAAGGAGAAGACCAUUCAGGAUCUUUAUGCAAAGAUUGAAAAGCUUGAGGAUGAAAUAUUGAAAGGGAAAGAUACAUUUAAGAUCGAAAAAGAGAAUAUUAAUAAAGCAAAUAGAGAAAAUAUUACGGCUUUGGAAAGUCAGAUCGAACAACUCCGUAUCGAAUUGGAAAACUGUAACGUAAUUACUAAUGAAAAUGAAGAUAGCCAGUCAAAAUAUCAGCUUAUCAAAGAACAAUUCGAGUCGAGUAAAGCGAAUUGGUCAAGCAUUGAAUCUGUAUUAAAUUCAAAAAUAUCAACUCUAGAAGAUACCAUUGAAAAGGAAAAAGACCAUCGAGCUAACUUACUGACACAACUAGAAACGAAGACCCAACGCUUGUUAACUUUGGAGAAACAACAAGAUCAAGAAAGCAGUGAAAACAUCACCUUAAAAAAAACCUGUAUCACGCUAGAAUCUAAAGUAGCUACCUUGGAGCGGGACCUACAAAACUUAAAAGACGAUUACAAUUUAUUGGAGAGUAAAUAUAAUACUCAGAGAAGUCAAUAUAGGAAAUCAUCUGAAUCUAGGUUAAAUAACUCCUCAAGAUCGAUAAAUGAAGAGGUGAGUGAAUCUUGGAAUGACUUUGGAUCAGGAUUGAAUUCUCUUAAAAUAACAGAGAGCAAUGGAGCUCUAGACACUCUGAUGGGACAGAGUAGUAACAUUGGAGAUUUGACAGCUUCCGAUUUUACUAAUAACCAUGAAUUAGAUCCCAUAGACAGGGAUAUCUCCUUUGAAAAGAAUUUGGAUGCAAUUGAGGAAACGUCGUUUCCUGAGGACGCUGAUGAACUAGAUCAACGCAAUAGCAGAGGCGUAUCGAUGAGAAGACAUAGCACCCGGAACUCUACCCAAAUGCAAAGCAAUGCACAGCUUGUUACAAAACUAGGGCAUGAGAUUGGCAGACUAGAAACGGAAAUUCAAUCUCACAGAGAAAAAAUCGAGCGGUUACAGAAGGAAAAACAGCUAGCAAACGACGAGAUUUUGAAGCUGAUAGAUAAGAAUAAUGGACUUUCUUCUAUUAAAUUAGAAAAGGAAGAGUUGGAAAAACAAGUUCGUGAUUUACAAGAGAAGUUAGAUACGUCUCUUCAAAUACUUGGUGAAAAAACUGAAAGAGUAGAAGAACUACAAAAUGACGUCCUUGAUCUGAAAGAUAUGCUACAUGAACAAGUUAAACAAAUGGUUGAUCUACAAGAGAGAUUACGAUAG